AUGGCUUCAGUCUGGAGAGGGUUGGCUAGGAUAGGUCCAUAUGCGACCACAGUUGGAUUCAGAUCUCUCCGGCCCUUCGGGACCUCCGUUAACAAUCGCGUCGCCACCGUCGCGUCUGCACCGGAUAGCAGAAUAAUCGUCAUCUCUGGCCCGUCAGGCGUGGGCAAGGGUACUCUGAUCCAGAAGCUCUUCGACGCGCACCCCGACACCUUCGCAUUUACCGUCUCCCAUACAACGCGCGCACCGCGACCCGGCGAAACAGAAGGCACAAGCUACUUUUUCGUCAACACCUCCCAAUUCUCCGAUCUCGUUUCCCAGGGCGCCUUUGUCGAGCAUGCCACAUUCGGUGGGAAUCAUUAUGGCACCAGCCAACGAACAAUCUCGGACCAAAUAGCAAAAGGGCGAGUGGUUGUGUUGGACAUUGAAAUGCACGGCGUGAAACAGAUGAAGGCGAACCCGAGUAUUGACGCUCGCUAUAUCUUUAUCAGUCCACCGAACUUUGAGGCUCUUGCGAAACGUCUUCGAGGACGCGGUACUGAGAAGGACGAGGCUAUUCAGAAGAGACUUGCUCAAGCGAAGGCUGAGCUUGAUUAUGCUGAUACGGGCGCUCACGACAAGAUCAUUGUCAACGAUGAUCUGCAGGUGGCAUGCAAAGAGCUUGAAGACUUUAUUUUCCCGAGAGGUACCUGA